AUGCCAGGCUUAGGUCUUACUCUUGGUGCAGUCGCCCUUGGAAUUUUUUUAAACACCUAUCUAUAUGGGAUCGUAAGCUACCAAUACAUGGCAUACGCAAAUACAAAAUUCGGCGAUCCUUACUGGAUUAAGUCCAUCGUCCUCGUACUUUUCCUAAUCGACACAGCUCAUAGCGCAUCGCUGAUACAUAUGGCGUGGUAUUACAUGAUCGCCCAUUUCGGGGAUUUCAACACGUUAGCAGACGCCAUCUGGGUUUACCCAUUUACCGCGAUCGUUACCUCCUUCGUAGCUUGUUUGACCCAGCUGUUCUUGGGCUUUCGUAUCUGGCGCCUCACAAAAAAUUCUUUCAUAUACGGUUUUAUUGCCGUUAUCGCAGUCUCUUCGCUUGCUCUUGGAGUGACGUGUACGGUCAAAGCGUCGUCCAUGACGAGCGUUCUCCAAUUCCGAACGAUCGAUAAAUUCAUGGCCGCUUGGCUGUCCACGGAGGUGGCAGCAGACGUUAUCAUUUCAACGGCUCUCAUUCACGCUCUUCUCCGUUCUCGCACUGGCUUUCAAACCUCCGACACGGUCAUCAACCAUCUCAUGCGCACGGCCGUCCAAACCGGUGCCCUCUGUGGUAUAUUUUCAACGCUUACGCUGGUUAUGUUCCUGGCAACGCCCGAAACCCAACUCUUCGGCUUAUUCGGGCUGCCUAUGAGCCGUUUGUACAGCACCACUCUCAUGGACACGCUCUUGUGUCGCAAAUACUUGCGUGGGCUGUUCGGCCAGCAAAGAGAGGCGAUGAAAACCUUCUCACGCGGUGGUCUCCGCUUGCAGGUUCUCAAGGAGAUCGAGACGGAGCUGAAAUUUGACGACGCUGCGGAGUCGAGCCAAACUGCCUACAGCAAAGGACAUCGCAGUUUCGAACAAUGA